CGUGCUCCACGUAAACGCUUGAGCCAGGUUUUUCUUCAUCAAGUUGUCGAAACUUUUCCCCCGUGAAACGGAGCUAUUCCCAGGUUUAUUGAGAGCUGGAAAGGAAUAUAACAAAGCUAUCUCAUCAGCAGAAACCCUCCAAGAGUGCCGCCCAUCGAGUUGAUGCCGAGGAGGAGCCGAGGAGCUAGGGGGCAGCAGGUAAGAGCCGGACUUUCUGGCCAGGAUGAGGCUGCUCAAGGAACUGAUGCGUGUGGCCACCCAAAAUCGUGCCUUCUACUGCUACGUGCUGCUCAGCGUCUGGAUUUUCCUACUCAUAGCAGGAAUGUAUCGCUACAUGGGCAAUGUUGAGUCGGUUUCAGGAGGUGGCUCUGUUUUCGGACCCAGUUCGUCCGGCACCAUCAGUUCCUUGGGCGGCGAGACCUUGGCAUCCUCCACUGCCCAGAGAUUCGCCAAGUACAGAGAGCGCUGUGCUCCACUGCCUCAGCUCCAGCGUUUGGACGAUGGCGGCAUCUUGGAGGGUUGGAAGCUUCAGGGAGUGCUCCUGGUCAUCAGGCACGGGGAUCGCGGACCCAUAUCCCACGUCCGCAGUGCUGGCAUUAAUUGCGGCGUGGGUGGUGGAGGCACAGACAACCUGGUCAACAGAUAUCGCAGCUUUUUGUACAACUCCAGCAGCUCCGCCUCGGGGUCGAAUCAUAUGUACUGGAACAAGGUGGGCCCCUUUCACGGGUUUCCCCUGCUGCCGGCCACAGAACGUGGAUGUCCGCUAGGGCAACUGACAUACAAGGGCAUUUCGCAGCUGCUUCACGUGGGCGACAUCAUGCACCAGGUUUAUGCCCAUCCCCUGGGCCUCCUGCUCAAACCGAAUCCCAAUCGAGCUUCGGUGGAAACAACGCCGCACACGCUCCUCAAUUCGGAUGAAGUGGUGGUCUUCACCACUCGUUACCGUCGCACCUUCCAGUCCGCCUUGGCCAUGCUGUUCUCCCUGCUGCCGGCGGAUAAAUGGUUGGCCCUGAAUGUCCGGGAAUCGCACAGCAUGGCCUUCUGUUUCGGGGAAUGCAGUUGCCCACAGUCGGCGCUGCUCAGGAAACGUUUGGAGGCCAUGGGCGAUAAGCAGCUCCUGAAACGUGCCGAUGUCCUGGAAGUGAUGCAGUGGAUAGGGGGCACCAUACUGCAGCACACUCCCAAUGGCAUUAGCAAUCCCUUCGAGGUAGUGGAUGCCCUGCUGACCGUUCUGUGCCAUGAUGCUGCUCUGCCAUGUCGCAGGAAGAAGCUGAAUUCCACACCAAAACCACUCAGAAAGAACGCGAAUCAGGAGCUGGUGGAUGUGAUCAACAUAGAUCAAGAUGAGACGGCUGCCAAUCUGUUACAGGAGGGGCAAACCCAGCUGGAACCCGAUUCCCCCGAGGUGGAAAAUGGAAAUCCUGCCCUGCAGGCGGAUGAACCUCAGGAGGGCUGUGUGGAGCCCACCCAUGUGGACACCCUGAUGUCCUUCGCCGACGAGCUAUCCCAACGCUCCGCUGGCCAUGCGUACUACAAGCUAUCCGGACUGCUGCGAUCCUACGGAAUGAUCCGUCACAUAGUCAGCUAUAUGCUGAAGAUGAUCUCGGGGGACAGAACCAAGUUUGUGCUAUAUUCUGGACAUGAUUGCACUAUGCAGUACCUCACGGCCGCCCUGGGAAUCAUCACCAGCCAGGGUCAGACCAUAGCCUAUGCCUCCAGAUUGGCCUUCGAAGUGUAUCGGAGUGAAGCACACACGGAUUACUAUUUCCGUGUGGUUUACAACGGCAAGGAUGUCACCCAGCAAAUCGAUUUUUGCGAGGGCGGAAAGAGCCUCAGGGUCACGAGGGACUCCAGGGGCAAUAAAGCCGACCUGUGCCCCAUAGAGAACAUCAUUCGCUUCCUGCACGAGGACUACUUCAGUCCACUGAAUGCCACCAAUUUCAAGGAAGCUUGUGGGGCCGUCAAUCCACCAAAAGCUGGAGAGUUUUAGACAAGUAGAAGAUCCCGCUUCAAACUGUGAUAAGUAGUUAAGAUGCCACCCGAAAUUGGAGGAGUCCGAUGUCCAGCAAUAUCCUAAACUGGGAAACGACCGCUUUUUAGCGAUGUUAUCUUUUUACACUUGGUUGGAGUUUAGUUCAAGCAUUCAACUUGUUGAUCCACAAAUCGAAAACGAUACAUAUCAAAGGAGCACUUGUUGGGCUUUAGGAACCCCUAAGCUGAAAAUCUCAGUUUUAGAGGGAAAAAAUAAAAAUAAAAUCAUAAGCAUAUCAGCUUUUUAAAGUAAACUAUGAAAUAAAUAUUUAAGAAAGAACCUUUUACGAUUUUAAAAACAUAUCGAAUUGAAGAGAAAACGAUUUCUUGUUAUUUCUCUUAUGUAACGUAAAAAUACUUUAUAUAUAUACAGAAUAAGAAAAUAUAUAAUUUGAACAUGAAAAGAUGAGGAAACACAUUAUAGCAACAUUUAGGCUCUAAUUUUGAAACGUAUAUUAAAUUGAAUGGUGGAAUUGGAAAUAACAAAACAAACCGCAACGCAAACAUAUCAAGCACGAAAGAAAAGAUAAACUAUAAAACUAAAAAUGUAAAAAUAGUAUAUACAAAAGUUUUGAAUUUAAAUAAAUGUUCUCGAAUUUUAAUAUUA